AACUAUUCCUAGAACCCUUCUUCAACCCCUCCAUUUUCAUCACAAAACCCCACUGUGCUGAAAUUUUCUUCUUGGUUUGAGACAAUGAAUUCUCUCAGUUCUAAACUCGUCAAACUCUUAAGAAUCUCUCCCGGUAUAAAACCUGCAUCUCCAUUUGCACUGGGUAUGCAAGGAAAUUUCAAGUUGUGUUACUCAUCUGGGCCGUUUGAUAAUGAUCAUGACAAGGAGGAUAACAGUGAUCAUGAUUUAGAGAUUGAGGAUGGUGAUUUUCUUCCUGAAAAGCCUGAGCUACAAGUUCAGGGUGUGGAUCCGAAAAGGGGAUGGAAUUAUCGGGGUGUCCACAAGGCAUAUCUAUGUGGCAAAGUUGGGCAAGCCCCGGUUCAGAAGAUUUUGAGAAAUGGUCGAACUGUAACAAUCUUUACAGUUGGAACUGGGGGUAUGUACGAUCAGAGAAUUUCAGAAGCUCAAGACUUGCCAAAACCAGCUCAGUGGCAUCGUAUUGCAGUUCAUAAUGAAAUGCUGGGGGCUUAUGCAGUUCAACAGCUUGCAAAAAACUCUUCGGUGUAUGUUGAGGGUGAAAUUGAAACCAGAGUCUACAACGACAGUAUCAAUGGUGAAGUUAAGAACAUUCCAGAAAUUUGUGUGCGCCGUGAUGGAAGGGUUCGGCUAAUAAAAACAGGAGAGGGUAUCAGCAAUAUUUCUUUUGAAGAGCUCCGUGAAGGGUUGCUGUAGUCAUGUCCAAUUCCAUUUUGUGCAAACAUGGUUCGGAAAAAUGGGGAAGUUAAAAAGUCUUGCUACUGCAAGAAUCUAUAUUAUUCCUACCUCAAUGAUUUGCUUCCAGAUUAGGCAUUAAGGUCUAACUGGCUUGCGUAGCUUUCUAAAACUCAGAGCAUUGGGAAUAGUUUGCAACUUCCAAUCUGGCGACCAUAGGUGCUUUAGAGUUUAUUUGUUUUAUGGCUUGAAUAUUAUCCAGAAUCAUGAAAUGUCAAUUGAUGUAUUUCUUUUGCUGGCAAAGAAGUUAAUAUCACGUUUUUGCUUUGCGUGGCUUUCUAAAACUUUCAGUUCUGGAUUAGAACUGGAAGUCUAGGACGGAUGCCUGAAUA